GGGGUCUGAUUGCCGAGCCUACGUAGAGACGCAAAAGAAAGAACCAAAAGUAGCGUAAGCACCAAAGUCAUCCUUGUCCAUCCAUCCAACGGCUCUGCAUAAACUUCAGCCACCACCAUUGAUCUCCGCCGUCCAAACGCCCUGCAUUUGUUUAUGAGCCUUGUCCCUUAGUUCAGGCGUUUGCUUUGUUGGUUGGAUUCUAAGUUGCAAAUUCAUUUUAGCCUUCUCUCUCUCUCUCCUUUCUUCCUCUUUCUUUGGCUUUUGAUCUUCAUAGGAAAAACCCCAUUGCUUUGCUUCGAUUAACAAUGGUAAUGCCAUCGCUGUAAAUGCCAAAUAUUUCUUCUUUCUUUCUUGUUCUUUGUUCAUUGUCCUUGGUUUUCUCAAUAUAGACAACAAUGCCAGUGCCGCCAUGGCUAGAGUCAUUGCUAAGUACAGCCUUUUUCACGGUUUGCAGAACACAUGGAGAUGCAGCUAGGGGAGAAUGUAACAUGUAUUGUUUAGAUUGUAAAGGAGACGCGUUUUGCUUCUAUUGCCGCUCCUCUAAACACAAAGAUCAUCAAGUCAUUCAGAUAAGGAGAUCUUCAUAUCAUGAUGUAGUGAGGGUUUCCGAGAUUCAAAAGGUAUUGGAUAUAAGUGGGGUUCAAACUUAUGUGAUAAACAGUGCCAGGGUUCUAUUCUUGAAUGAGAGGCCUCAACCAAAAUCUGGAAAAGGUGUUGCUCAUAUCUGUGAAAUCUGUGGAAGAAGCCUCUUGGAUCCAUUUCGUUUUUGUUCUUUGGGAUGUAAGCUUGUAGGAGUAAGGAGGAAUGGGAAUGCAAGUUUUAGCUUAGAGGCAAAGAAUGAGGUGUUAAUGGAUAGAACUAGAAAAGAAGGGAUGUCAAAGGAAGAAGAAGAAGAAGAAGAAGAAGAAUUGCGUGAAGGCUCACAACAAGACAUUUAUCUGCCCACGCCUCCCCCACCUCCUUCAAAUGCAAGGAGAAGAAAAGGAACCCCUCAUCGUGCACCUUUCGGAUCCUAAAAGGAACCAAGUACACUAUUAUAUUCAAAAUUUCACCCAUUUCUUUAUUUAUUACCCACAUAAAAAAAAAGUGAAAUUGUUUGGGGGUCUUUAAAUUUGUUAAAUUGUCCUAACUAAAGGGGAUGUAGGGUAUCAUUAUUUGGUUAAGGGGAGUAAAAAAAUAAAAUCAAGGGUAAACUACAUAUUUAGUCACCCAACUAUUC